AUGCCCAAACUUCAAGCCAAGUUGGCCGCAGAUGGAAGCACGCAUCUAAAUCCCUCUGAGCUAUUAAGCGUCUCUACACAAGUCGUCGCCGGAACAAAUUAUAAGUUUGUGGUCAAAUUCAAUGAAGACGCUUGCACGGAACUCAAAUUCUAUCAAUCUCUUGGCGAACCGCUGCAUACGAUGCGUUCAACCGGCAGCAAGACAGUACAAUGCAUUCAACCUCUCUUGCAAUGUGGGCCAAUGUGA